AUGUCCUCCGAUGCGGCGACUUUGCCAUCUCCACCAAACAUACCACCGUGGAAGGACAGCCGUCCUUACUCGGUGGGGGAUACCAUGCAUUCCACACAGGUCAGCAGACCGGGCUACUCAAAUGGCACUCCUGUCUCGCGCCGCCCUCGAUUUCCGAAUAUCAAAGACCUGCAGGAUCAGGCUGCUUCAUUAAAUGUGAAUGAUAGCACACCAAUCAAUCAACUCCUGAGAACGGCCUCCGAGGCAAUCGAACAGGCCCUCACCCUUGUGGAGGAUAAUUACCCUGACAAGGCUUACAUACAAUAUCUCCGCGCCUCUGAAAUCACCAUCAAUAUCAUUCCCCAUCAUCCAGACUAUCGAACCACGGUCAACCAGCGUCCUGGCUGGUACAAGGAGUUUGCCGAUCUCAUGAUGUCGGUGCGGACUAAACAAGGCACCAUGGACACGAUCAAGCAGGAGAUCAUUGAAGAUAACAUGGCAAGUGGAAUGCAGCCCACAGGUGGAUUUGCGUCAAGGUCACCACAGCAAGCUUCUGCAACACCUAGGAGCCGCGAGAAUCAGCAGUCUGGGACAGACUCGAUUAGAAUGCCGAGUCCGGGUCAGUUUCAAAGAAUACCCGACCCUCAUUCGCAUACCCAAAGAUUCUCCAGCCCCCCGGAUGACAUGCUCGCGCAGCGUUUUGCCAAACUUAAGGCAUCCCCACCUACGAACCAAUAUGAGUUAGGUACAAGUCCGGCCGGACCGGGAAGCCCGACUCUAGGAUCUGCAGAUACUCCACUUCAUCCGUCCAACGCGGCCUCGGGGCAUUACAGCUCCCCACCGCCAAGACGCCCAUUAGGACCUCGUGGCAUGGGAUCAUCUUCCAGUGUGCCAACUAUCCCUCCCAAAGUUCCUCUUAACACCUCGCUCCCACGUGCCCCGGACCCAGCUUAUAGCCCUAUUUUCACCGUUCCCUCGAAGCCUCACUCGAAUCCCCCAAGAACUUCCACCGAGAGCACACGAUCGGUCAAUCCGAGAUAUUCGCAAUUCACCAGCUCUCCUCACAGGAGUCCGAGUCGCGGAGGCUUCGAAGAAAAUCCGUAUAGGUCUCUGACACCUAAUGGUGUGAACUCAGCGCGAAGCGAUUCACCGGAUCUGCCAUACAGCACUGCAAUCACUGCUCAGAGUCUACUUGAGAACCUGCGGAAGUUCAAUGUGCUGCUCAUUGAUGUUCGGUCUCGGGACCAAUAUGAUAAUGGGCAUGUAUAUGCAAAGUCUAUCAUUUGCAUCGAGCCUGUGGUCUUGAAAGAGAAUGUGUCCGCCGAGGAACUUGAGGAGCGUCUUGUUGUUUCCCCGGAGCACGAACAGACCUUAUUUGAGAAACGGAAUGAAUUUGAUCUCGUGGUCUACUACGAUCAAAAUGCUGAUUCCGUGAGUUAUCUCGCUGGUUCGCCAGUGGGGACAUCUGCACCGCAUCUAAGAGCUCUACAUGACACUCUCUACGAGUUUAAUGCAUACAAGCCUCUCAAGGGCGGGCGGCCUCCCGCUCUUCUUCUUGGUGGACUGGAUGCAUGGAUCGAUCUCCUUGGCCAACAGUCACUCGCCACAUCUUCGACCGCUGCUGUCAUGAGUUCUCUGCAGGCCAGAAAGCCCGUACCCCGUCCUGGUCGAGGAUUAGGAAGAGUUCCUACAAUGGCUAGCGCUAAUUCAAGCCUGGAAGUUCGGAAACGGCGACUUCGCGAAUUUACUCCACUCAACUCGAAGGAGUUAUCCGAGUGGAUGGAGAAAUCUAAAAACGAGGAGAUCGAUACAAGCACAUACGGCGAAGAAGAACUUGAGGAGCUCGAGGAAUCCACGCAAGAGCCUCCGACUCCAUUUGUGCAUACAUAUGAGGCUUUCUUGCGUCGAUUCCCCGAUCCACACCAUGUUCAGCAAUCUAUGACGCACCCAGAUGCUCGUCCGCCGCCUGGCCCUGCUCCAAAUUAUGCUGCACAAAUGCCGGUGGCACCGUCACGGCCAGCUCCUGCAGUCCCACGUCCCAGCUACAGCGGAGUUUCUGAUGGCCGGCAUAUCCAACCCCACCUGGAGCGACAAAACUCUGCAAGCAGAACAGCUCUUUACAUGCCAACCUCUAACCUUGGCCGUCUGAAGCUUCCGCGUACCGGUUUGACCAAUUUUGGUGUCACAUGCUACAUGAACUCUACCAUCCAGUGCCUCAGUGCGACGGUCAUGCUGAGCAGGUUUUUUAUUGACAACCGGUUCCGUUACUAUGUGCAGAAGAACUGGAAAGGAUCUCAAGGUGUCAUGCCAGGAUUGUAUGCUAAUCUCACUCGAUCUUUGUGGAAGAAUGAUGUCGAGGUUAUUAUGCCAACUUCCUUCCGAAACUUCUGUGGGCGAUUGAAUCGGGAAUGGGCUAUUGAUCGACAGCAAGAUGCAAAGGAGUUUUUCGAUUUCGUGGUGGACUGCCUCCAUGAGGAUCUCAAUAUCAAUUGGCAGCGCACACCCCUACGACCCUUGACAUUCUCAGAGGAGAUGCAACGAGAACGAAUGCCGGUGGGCAGAGUUUCUAAAAUUGAAUGGGACCGGUAUUGCCAUCGCGAGGAGUCGUUCAUUUCUUCGCUCUUUGCAGGACAGCAUGCUAGUCGAUUACGUUGCACAACGUGCAAAAAGACGUCUACCACCUACGAGGCCUUUUACAGCAUCAGUGUCGAGAUCCCGGUUGAAGGCACGGGUGACAUCUAUGACUGUCUCCGAAGUUAUUGUAAAGAAGAAAUGCUAAGUGGCGACGAGGUCUGGAAGUGCCCGCAUUGCAAAUGCAAGCGGAUGGCCACCAAACAGAUCAUCAUCACACGAGCACCCCAGAUCCUAGUUGUCCACUUCAAGCGGUUCUCCGCAUCCAAAACCCAGAGUGCGCGAAAGAUCCAUACCCCCAUCGAAUUCCCACUCCACGGUCUCCGGAUGGAUGACUUUAUCAUCUCAUACCCGAGUGCCGCCCCCCAGGAUCCCCGGGCUCCGCCACCCAUGGGCGCCACCGUUCCGCCGUUUACAUAUGAUGCCUUUGCCGUACUCCGGCAUCUCGGAUCUUCAAUGGGAAGCGGACAUUACAUUUCUCUGGUCCGCGAUGCGGAGCGGCAAUGCUGGCGGAAAUUUGACGAUGAGCGAGCCACGGACUUUAACCCCCGGGACCUCCGAUCACGGGAUCGACUGCAGAACGAGCAAGCGUAUAUUGUGUUUUAUGAGCGAGUCCCAGCGAAAUGA